UGGAGUAGAGCAGCGCCUGUCACAGUCAGAAGGAGGAACUGUGACAGUCUGUUGUGGUCAAAACCGUCCUGUAAUCUUAAUCAUUUAAACAUUUCAAUAUAAUUCACACUUUCCUCUGAGGAAUGAGCAGCGAGGCCAGAGGAAAACACUAUCGCGUCUCGCCUUAAUCGAUUCCAGCGGACCAGAGUCUAAUUUCAAUCCGGACGUUUCAACAGGCAGUCAGCUGAAUGGAGCAGCACCAACAGCAGCAGCAGCAGCAGCAGCGGGGUCUCUGUAGCUUCACCUCGGCCUGGUCUGCAGGGUGCGGGGUCGCAGUCUCCACCGGUCAGUCCACCAUGCGGUUAUCCAUCACCUCGACCACCGGCAGCCCCGUGGAGCUCACUGUCCCUCGAGGAGAGACUGUGGAGGGACUGAGGACGCGAAUCUCCCAACGACUCAGACUGCAGACAGACAAAAUCGUGCUCCUGCACAAAGACAGGCAGCUGACAGCAGGGAAACUGCUGGACGUGGGUGUAACAGAUGGCAGCAAACUGACCCUGGUCCCUGUCAUUGAAGCUGGUUUGGUUUGCUCCACUGCCAGAGCUGAGAGGACUAUGAUGGACGUUUUGGAGAGUUUAACAGAAGUUCAGAUCAGUGACUUCCUGUCUGGGCGUUCACCUCUGAACAUUAACCUGGGAAUCGGUGCUCACACGAUGUAUGUGCAGCUCCAGCUGUCUGCGCAGGAUGUGAAGGAGCUGCAGCAGGACGGGGAUAUGAGAGUCCAGAGCAGCAGUGAGCUUCAGGCUGGCCCACCGACGGCCGGCAGCACGAGCCACCCCGGGACCUCUGCCUCGGCCCGGUCUUCCACCAACAUUGCAGGCUCUUCUACCUCAUCUGCAUCCCAGUCCUCCUCUCCAGCCCCGGACCCUGCUGACUCCACAGUCUACACUCAAAGACCCAGAACUACCUUUAAUUCAACAGCUCCCACCCCCCACUCAUCCACCACUGUCCCCACUGUAAACUGCCGUCACCACUCAUCUCUACCUCAAUCCUGCCGCUCUAUACACACAUCUCCCCCUGUUCAUUCAACCGCUUCUUUGCCCUCUGGUCGUCCACAUCCCAGCUGUCCACUACAAGCCGCCACACCAGUCUGUACACCUGCUCCCACCGGCUACAGUCCUGGACCUCCGAGCCCAGUACCAGCCUCAACCUUUGAAAAGACUAAUGCUCAUGCUUCAUCCACUGCAGAGCUGUGCAAACAGCCUGGAGCUGUCAUAGAGAGUUUUGUGAGUCACUCUCCAGGCGUCUUCUCCGGGACGUUCUCCGGCACUCUGGCUCCUCACGGUCAGAGCAGCAUCAGCCACCCACGACGUGGCAUCGCCGUCAUCCUCCAGAUUCUCAAUGACCUCCUCAGAGCUGCCUGUCCCCACCAGGGGGCACCACCUGCCGUUCCUCAGCACUGCUGUCCCGCUUUAAACCCUCCAGUCAGCCCAGUGCUCACUGCAGAGGAGCCCAGCAAAGCAAGAAGCAAACCACUGGUGACCCAGACAGUGGAGCACUUCAGUAGAGCAUCAGGCGGGGAGAGACACCCCCUUUGCUCAUCCACAGAGGAGGAUCAAACCUUGCACUGUAAGCUAGAGCACCUUCAGUUCCUGAUGCAUCAGCGGCGCCUUCGCAGGCGGACUCGCAGGAACUCGCACCUCUUGCAGAGGUCUCACCCAUACCAACAUCAUCCCCAUCGCCCCUAGCCUCCUGGAUGGAAAAGAUCCACUCUUUUUCACCUAGAGCAGGUGAAAUAACUGUGGAGCUCUCUCUUGGCAGCUAAAGGUUUCUGAGGGAGAUGCUUUCUUGCUAUUUUAUACUACUAUUUAUGAAGAAUGUGAGCCUAAAAGAUAUGAGGACUCUAAAUCCUGUGAUUUCACUGAUCAUUUCACUGAGCAUGUUAUUCCAUCUAAGCCUUUCAGUGACAAUUGGUCUCAUCAGUAUGUAGCAUUAUGUCACACAAAGAUUCCAGUGUACAUUUUCAUGUUAUACAUCUUGGUGUUUUGUACAAAGACCUCUUACUGUAUGUUUGUUUAUGUAUUCAAUGCCUUAACCACACAUGUCCUGAAUGUAAGAUGUAUGUUUUAAUCUGUGCAGAGGAUGUUGUUCUAAAAUAUUUUACUUAUGCAAUAGUAAGAUGUAAACACAAAGAAGGAAAAAAAAAUAUGCAAAGAAUAAAGGAAAAAAUUGAAAAACUUA